AUUUACAAUAGCUGCGGUACGGCUCUAACAUUUGAAUUACUCACGUUGUCUAGCUUUGCAUUUUAAUUAAUAAUGUCUAGUCAACCGAUAUCCAGACAUCGGAAACAGCACUUUCCUCGUUUAGAACGUCGAAAAUUAAUUACUCCUCUAUCUCAGAAUCUCCCUCUCCAAGAAUAUGAUUCAGAUGAAGAUCCAGUUUAUAUUUCUAAACAUCCACGAAGUUCAUUAAUAUCCACUAGUCAUAAACCAUUCCGUCCAGUCAAAACAGAUUCAAAAGAUACCAAUGGAUUAUCUGGUCGUCCUGAUAAACGUGCUAGAGAUGAACACAAUGAACAAGAACGUAGUCGUCGACGUGAACUUGCUGUUAUUUAUGAAUUGAUACGAUGUAGUUUUUCAAAUGAUGAUUUACGAUAUCUUGGUCAUUGUAAUGGUCCUAAGUCAGUUGAUAAAUUAUCAUAUCCACAAGUUUUACAAAUAGCUUAUCAAUUAUUACGUGAAGAACAGCAUAAUUUGACUUUAUUUGAAAAAUCUUUAAAUGAUCUCAAAUUAAUUGAAAAAGAAUUUGUCCGUGCCGGUCUCCCAGUACCUGAAAGACCUAAAUGUCCUUAUAUAUUAGAUACUUAUCGAAAAAUGGUUCAACUUGUUGACAAUUUACUACGUCAAGAUAAACUUGCUCGAUCUGUUGAUGGUGUUUAUGAGGUGACUCCUGCAGAACGUGCAGCUAUUGGUGAUCAAGAAAUGUCAUUUCUUUUACCACGUUCACAUCAUACAUCUACUACUACUACUAGUACUACUACUACAGAUUAUUCUGAUCGAAUCAGAGGACGAAGAUCAUUUAAUCUUAUCAACCGAUCAAAUUAUACUGAUAGUUAUUUAGAACGAGAUGAUACUAGAAGUUGUUUUUCUAAUUGUUCAAAUGUUUCUGUAACUCAAUCUAAAUUAAAACGAUCCUCUUCUUCUGCAUCUCUUGAUUAUGGCGUAGACGAUGACACUGAUUCAAAUCUUUUACCACCUACACCUCCAUCAAUUAAUCAUCUUCAUAGUACUACUUCUACUUAUAAUAAUGACAAUAAUAAUAAUAAUAAUAAUAAUACUCAUAGUACUAAUAGUAGUAACCAAUGGUUAGACAAUUCUGAAUUCCUGAAUAUUUUAUCAGAACUUAAAGAAGAUCCUGAUAAUAGUAAGAAUGAAUUUCAAACACCAAUUGAAGAAAUUGAUGAUGAUGAUGAUGUAGAUGUAGAUGUUGAUGGUCUUUUGUUAAAUUUUAUUUCCGAUGAACAACUUAACUAAAUUAUUUUUAAAUAAACUACACAUUGUAUAUGUAUAUAGAAAAUUAUGUGUAUUCAUAUCUUUGCUUUUCAUCAUAUUGUGCCUUCUUAUAUAUAUAUAUAUAUAUAUAUAUUUUGCUACCGUAUAUUACAUUUCAUUAUUGUUACUAUUAGCUUCAUUGUUUUGUAUUCUUUUCUUCUAUAUUCUUUAAUUACUCAUUAGUGUCUAUAUAUAUAUGUACUUCAUUAUAUUAUCAUUAAUUUAAUCCUCCUUACUAGUAUUUCAUAAGUCCAUUCAACAAGAACUUUAUCACACUGGGAAAAUAAAUAUACUUCAGUUACCAUGUUCAUGUUGUAUUACACACACAUUUAUAUAUAUAUAUAUAUAUAUAUA